AUGAACGAGGGUCGGUGGCCAAUGUUGGGAAAAAGAUUUACGGCUAUCCAUCAAUUAGUAAAGAACCAACAAAGGAUCCUCUCUCUUUUAGCAGCUUCCCUCGGAUUCGGAAACCCGCUCCUGAGAGACUGCAUGCUUGAAAUCUGUACUCAACUAACCUCUCGAAUAAUUGCCGUAGAUAAUUUAUAUUAUACUUCCAGAAGUCGAACUCCGGGAGUCAAUGGUAAAAUACUAGAAGCUUCUUCUCGAAUCGGUCUAGUUCGUCGUAUCUCCUGGAUCAAUCUAAAAAACUACAAGAGCUCACCCGUUCGCCAUGUUUUCAUUUUUGAACCACAAAAUGGUGAAAGGCUGCUGAGAAUACCCACAAUAUUUGACAGGACCGUCCAGCACUUGUUCAAACUAGCUAUUGAACCUGUAACGGAACCCUUUGCUGACAAAUAUAGCUUUGGAUCUCGAAGGGGAAAAUGUGCACACAUGGCGGUAGGUGAAAUUGCUUACAUACUAGACACGAGAAGGCAGAGGGUAGGCAAGGUUAGCAACAAUAAAAUGGAACAAAAUAGUAAAAAUUUUGUUUCCAAAUGGGUGAUUGAUGCUAAUAUAAAAGGCUUUUUCGGCCGAAUAUUUCACCGAUGGAUCUUAGAAAAUUUUCCCAUGCCUAGUAGUACAGAAAUUGUACUCGAGGAAUGGCUUAAGAGUCCAAUUGAAUAUCCAGGGGAACUUGAAGUCUCGUUCCGCGGUGUCAUAAGUCCUUUAAUCGCGAACUUUGCCCUGGAUGGCUUAGAAAAUAGAAUAACUAGCGGACACCGGACCACUAUGACUGACCCUAAAAGGACAGAAUGGACGCAAAAGAAAGGCCAUAGGUAUCUCUUUAACCAGACCCGAAAAACAGAAUCAGUCCGCCUUAUCAGGUAUGCUGAUGACUUUGUCAUUAUUACUAAUGAUGAGACAUUAGUGGAACGACUUUUUGAAAAAGCAAAAAGUUUCCUGGCGGAACGUGGCCUCCAAUUGUCGUCAGAAAAAACCCGCAUCUUCCCGUGGAAGAUCGGAGAGAGACUUAAUUUUAUCGGCUUCAUAUUCCACAAUAUCGAUAGGGCCCGCUCUCAUAGCCAAGUCACUUCCCUAUGGAAGGUACAAAAAAACUUCACUCGUGGGGGCCUCUACGUGUAUCCCAAUCCUGAUAGGAUAAUGUCGCUGAAAUGGAAAAUAAAAAAUGUCUUUUCUGAAAAUAUAGGUCUCUCUCCUUACCAGAUGAUCAAAUUGGUAAACCCAAUUCUUCAUGGUUGGGGCAACUACUUUGGAAUUGGCAACUUUCUUCGUACCUUCAGUCUGCUGGAUCACUGGAUCUGGCAUAGAAGCUGGCGAUAUUUACAUCGUAAAUUCUCUAAAACUCCUCGACCCAGACUGGUUUCCCGAUUCUAUCAGGGGGUGCCCUCUCCCCGUGGCAGACUCUGGGACUUCCAUGCUACUUGGACCAAACCCAGUGUAGAUGCCAAACGCCAUUGUGCUGACGUGGUAUGGAUAACACUCCUUGCGUCUAUGGUAAAAGAAGUUCCUGCUCAUAUGUUCCGAGGAUCUCGUGAUCUAGGUAAUCCUUUUGUAGAUCCAACCCCCUUUGAUGAAUGGAAUCUUCGAAUUCAAAGCUAUCGGGAAAUUCUUGUGGACGGAAAAGGUAACGAAUUUAGCAGGCUAUUCAUCCGCCAGAAGGGUAUAUGUCCCGUAUGCAAUCAAGGCUUAGGUUAUUUAACUAGCUCUAAUUUAGAGAUUCACAACCUGCGGCCUUUUUAUAAGAACCCGGAAGUGCCCGGUAAUGAUAAUUUGUUGCACAAAUCCCUUGUGCACUCUUGGUGUCUUGUUACAGAACAUGCUUGA